AUGGUCACCUGUAUGAAAUGCAACAAAACAGUCCCGCCUGGGGUACCGUUCUACGAUGUUGAUCACGCUCCGAAGUGCAAGGAUUGCUGUUUGGCCGACGGCGCCAAGCCUUCUCCAAAGAUCUCUUCAAGACCGGUAGCUUGUAGGAAGUGUAACAAAGAAAUACCGGCUGGGACGCCAUUUUACGACAUUGAUCGUGCACCGAAAUGCAAAGACUGUUGCAAUGCGGAUUUCAAGCCCACUGCGGUGACUGCACCAAAAUCGGUAAGAAAACAAGUUUCGAUUCAAGGAUGUAUCUAUUGUGGCAACUCUAAGAUGUUUCUGUGA